AAAAUUCAUUCGAAAUUUUUCGUCUUUGUAUUUGAUGAAUAAAUGAAGCUGUUUUUUGCCUAUGAUGAUGAUUCAUGAACAGACGGUUAAAAAGUCUAAAUGUCAUCGUUUUGUUUUGACGUUAUGGUUUUAAUUUAAGAUUUGAAGAUAAAAAGAGAACCGAGGAAAAAAAUGGGGUUUUGCAUCCACAUCGAAGAAAGAAAAACCGGUUAUAGUGUCGAUCGAAAAAGAAAAUUGAUGUGGUGAAAAAAAAAAUUUUUUUAAGGAAAUUUUUUUUAUUGAAAAACGAUGAUAUCUAUUGUGAGUGAUGUGAAUUGAAUUUCUAACGACAUUUAUGUUGAGGAUUCUCGUUCGAAAAAGUGUUUAUGUUAUUUGAUUCAGCAAAUUUUUGUUUUCAGUGAUUAUGAAAUCUUUAUUAUUAGCACAUAGUAAAAGUCCGGGUAAAUUAAUUUUAUCCGGUGAACAUUCUACAGUAUACGGCAAGAAUUCUGUAGCCACUACUGUUGAUCUGUAUACGGAAUGUGAAAUUUUCGCUAUAAAUGAUGGAACUAUUCGAUUGCAAUUUUGUAAUCUGGAUUACGAAAAAACUUGGCCACUGGAAUUGUUGAAAAAUUGCCCAAAGCUCAUUUCGGAUAUCGACGCGUUCCGAUUUAAUGGUGAAGAAUCAUUGAUGAAAAUCAAUCAAUUAUGGAAUGAACUGCAAUCAGAACCGACAAAUAUAUCUCAUUCAUGUUUGGCUUUUUUAUUUCUCUAUCUAAGUAUUGGUGAUUUAUCCGAAAGAAAAAGUAUUAAAAUUGUGGUCAAAAGCAAUCUACCAAAUGGUGCUGGUCUUGGUUCAUCAUCAGCUUUUAUCGUAUCAAUGGCUCAGGCAUUAUUCACUGCAUCACAAGUAUCGAUCGAUAAAAAAGAAUUUAAUCGUUGGUGCUGGGAAAUGGAUAAAAUAUUUCAUGGAAAACCAUCCGGUGUUGAUAAUUCAAUUUGUACAUAUGGUGGAGCCAUUUUAUUUCGAAAUGGACAAUUAGUAGAACAAAUUGAUCACAAGGAUUUACCUGAAUUGAAAGUGAUAUUGGUCAAUACACAAGUGCCUCGUAAUACCAAGAAUAUGGUUGAACAAUGUCGACAACGAUUAACAAUUUUCACCGAUAUUGGUAAUCACUUGCUUGAAUUGUUGAAUUCUCUUUCACAAAAAGUAUGGUCAACAUUGAAGGAUCAAUCCGGUGGUAAUCUUAAUCAAUUGUCAACAUUAUUCGAAAUGAAUCAACAUUUAUUGAAUUGUUUGAAUGUUGGUCAUGAAAAAAUUGAUGAAAUUGUUGCCAUAGCUAAACGUCAUGAUCUUAGUGCCAAACUUACUGGUGCUGGUGGCGGUGGUGUUGUCAUGAUCUAUCUUAACAAUGAUACGAAACGAGAAUCAUUACUGAAACAAUUACAUUCCAAUGGAUUCAUUACGUAUCAGGUUAAACUUGGUGUUUGCGGCGUUCAUACCGUCGUGAAUUGAUUUUUGAUUUUAUUAAAACAAAAAUUUUUUAAAAUUAAA